UCUCUGCAUCUCUGCUUUUCCUCCACAUCUUCUUCAACCAUCUACAACUCUCCACAAUUGUUGCUUUCAUUCGAAAAUACAAAGGAUGAGGGAGCUAAUUGCAAAUUCCAGGAACUUCAAAAAGUGAGAUGCAGUAGCUACAGUGCUACUGCAUCUUUGGAGUGAUACUGUUCAAAAACGCAAAAAAGGGACGAUUUGAUAUGCGUUUUGGAGUAUGAUUGGAGGUGUUUUUCACUGGAAAUUUGCGUUUUGUCGCAUGGUUGGAGAUGGCCUUAUAUGUGUAGAUCAAUGUACAUGUCUAGACGGUACCCAACUUUUCACUUUAGUUAUAUGCAUUUGAAACACAACUGCAUUGAUUAUCUUUUGUAUAGAUACAUGUGGAAAUAUAAAUGCCUUUGCUUCUACUUCCAAAUCAACUUUUUCUUUGAGAUUGAUUUUCAUGGGCCCGGUAGAAUGAGCCUAAAGGAAAACUGAGCAAAGCAUUGAAAAUGAAAUUUGACAUAAAUAUUUUGGUGACAUAUAUCGUUAACACUAAAUACUAGAGCUAAUUAGAAACUAUAAAAAUUAAUAGGAGUACUCCAUAACUUGAUAGUUGAUAGACAUUUAAUCUAAUUAUUUAACUUACUCUUCGUGUGAGCCACCUACAAAUUAAUAAAAACUAUUUCUAUGAUAAAGAAGUCUAGCUUUAGUGACUAUCUUUCCAUGCUCUAUAUUAAACAUAUUCUUGAUGACUAGUUUUCAACUUGUUGUGCUUAUUAUCCAAUCAAUGUAGGCAAUCUUUUCAUUCUUUUUUAAAUACUAACCUUAUAAAACUAGUUAUUUUGUUGUAUACCAUGCACUUGUAUAUUCCAUGUGCUAAUGAAACCUGGUUAGUUAAUUAACAAAAGGGACAAACAUUCCUAGACUUAUGUCAAGGCUACAGUUAUAUAUGCAACGGGCUAACAACACGUCUGCUUGCGCGUCAUGCAAGCACCAGAGGAAGAGGUGCACAGAGAAGUGCACGUUGGCUCCCUUCUUUCCCGUGGAGAGGACACGGGAGUUCCAGGCCGUGCACAAGGUGUUUGGUGUGAGCAACGUCACAAAGAUCAUCACGAGCCUUAGGGAGGAGGACCGGAAGGUAGCUGUGGACUCGCUCGUGUGGGAAGCCAUAGGGCGGCAGAAGGACCCGGUGCUGGGGCCGUUCGGAGACUACCGGAGGGUUUGUGAGGAGCUGAGGUUGUACAAGAGCCAAUAUCAGCACUUUCAUCAUCAAGCACCAAAUCAAGGAACCAUAGUGUACAAGGCUGCCACAGCACAAGCCCUAAUGGGAUGGAACAAUAGCAACAAAAUUGUGAAUACAAACACUAAUAACCCAAACAAUAAUUUUAUUGGUAAUGGCAAUUCUGUGGUGGAUUUUUGCACUUAUGGAUAUUCUCCAAAUCACCAUAUUCAUCAAGAUUCUGGAAAACAAAGGGCAGAAAGGGAAAAUGGCACAACUAUAUUCCUUCCUCAGCAGCAUUUGUCUAAUGCUUUCGGCCAACAAUGCAUUCUUGCAGGUCAAUACAAUCCUCUGGAUUCCAAGUCAAUGGAAAGCACCCUUUGGGAGGGCAGUUCGUAGAUACAAUGUUCUCAAAUGUCUACAAUUCACAUGGUUUCUUGGAAAAAAUACUGGAAUUUUAUGUUCAUAAUCCAAAUAAGGUCUGCUUUUGACCACUAUUUACAA